UAGUAAGUGUGUGUGUGUUGCUCUCUUCCGACGCUCCAUUCUCAUAUAAACACACAGGAAACUUGUGUAAAAAUACACAUAAUUCACAUUUAAUCGUGAUUUUACGCUCACGGAAGCGCGCUUGUUUCCACACAUCGAUGUUUUAACGGACAGGCGCCCGGUAACGAAGACUGAAGAUGGGUUUAAAGUCGCAGUUUUCACACUGAAGUUGGAGGAUAUUUCCAAGUGGAAGUGAAAGAGCGUGAAUUUCGAGGGGGGCGAUCGUGAGCUCCAGCGCCGCUCGUCCUCCGAGGUGAGCUAAGAUGAGCAUUACCAGUGAUGAAGUCAACUAUCUGGUCUACAGGUAUCUGCAGGAGUCAGGUUUCUCUCACUCUGCGUUCACAUUCGGCAUUGAGAGUCACAUCAGUCAGUCUAAUAUAAACGGGACUCUGGUGCCCCCUGCUGCGCUGGUCUCUGUACUGCAGAAAGGCCUUCAGUAUGUGGAGGCUGAGAUCAGCAUCAAUGAGGAUGGCACAGUGUUUGACGGCCGGCCGAUCGAGUCUCUGUCUCUUAUUGAUGCAGUGAUGCCGGAUGUGGUUCACAGCAGACAGCAGGCCUUCAGGGAUAAACUCUCCCAGCAUCAGGGCUCCAGCAACACCAGUGCUGCUCCAUCACACACCAGUAGUAAUGGAGAAACACCCGUCAAUGGAGACCAGAACGGCACACACACACACAAUGAUGAUGUGGAGAUGGAGGUGGAGGGAGAGGCUCAGAUUCCCCCCAGUAAAGCCACAGUUCUGCGGGGUCACGAGUCUGAGGUGUUCAUCUGCGCCUGGAACCCCGUCUGUGACCUGCUGGCCUCAGGCUCUGGCGACUCCACGGCACGCAUAUGGAACCUGAUUGAGAGCAGCUCCACUCAGCUGGUGCUCCGGCACUGCAUUCGAGAGGGAGGACAGGAUGUGCCCAGCAACAAAGACGUCACUUCUUUAGACUGGAAUAGUGACGGCACUCUUUUAGCAACCGGAUCGUAUGAUGGAUUUGCAAGAAUCUGGACAAAAGAUGGUAAUCUCAGCAGCACGCUGGGUCAACACAAAGGACCCAUAUUUGCACUCAAGUGGAACAAGAAAGGCAACAGUAUUCUGAGCGCCGGAGUCGAUAAGACGACAAUCAUUUGGGAUGCGCAUACAGGUGAAGCCAAGCAGCAGUUUCCAUUUCAUUCUGCUCCAGCGCUGGACGUGGACUGGCAGAAUAACAGCACAUUCGCCUCCUGCAGCACUGACAUGUGCAUCCAUGUGUGUCGACUAGGAAGUGAACGUCCGCUCAAAACCUUCCAAGGGCACACGAAUGAAGUAAAUGCCAUUAAAUGGGACCCGUCGGGGAUGCUGCUCGCUUCCUGUUCAGAUGACAUGACUUUAAAGAUCUGGAGUAUGAAGCAGGAUUCAUGUGUUCACGAUCUUCAAGCACACAAUAAAGAGAUCUACACCAUCAAAUGGAGCCCCACGGGCACGGGCAGCAACAACCCCAAUGCUAACAUCCUGCUAGCCAGUGCCUCUUUCGACUCGACGGUGCGAUUAUGGGAUGUGGAGCACGGCGUCUGCACACACACACUCACCCGACAUCAGGAGCCCGUCUACAGCGUGGCCUUCAGUCCAGACGGAAAGUUCCUGGCCAGUGGAUCCUUCGACAAGUGUGUUCACAUCUGGGACACGGCGAGCGGAUCAUUGGUGAACAGCUACAGAGGAACCGGAGGAAUAUUCGAGGUUUGCUGGAACAGUGUUGGUGAUAAAGUCGGAGCGAGUGCGUCUGAUGGAUCGGUCUGUGUUCUUGAUUUACGGAAAUAAACGCUCUGAGAAUGGGAUUGUGCAGCUAAAGCCUUUAGCGUGGAAAGAAACACAAACUGAACGCUGAAGACCGAACUGGAGGAAAUCAAGGGUCCGAUAUUUACCCGCGCAGUCAGAAAAACGAAUGUUUGGACGCCUAGAAACGCCUUCAGAGAUUUAUUACAAGCUGAUUUUCCAGACCAGGAGCUGCAGAAACAUGUUUUCCAACGUUGUGGAGGUGAAUGAAGAGCCUGCGGGGAGGAGAUUUUAUUAAUAUGAAUAAUUCUCAGAUUUAAAUGCAGUUUUAAAGGCAACUUUGUUCGCCCUCCUGUGAAAUCUUAGGAUUU